AUGCAGGAGAUCGCCGCUCGCGACUUGGUCGCAAAAGGCUACGUCGUCUUCACGGCAAACACCGAGUGGGACUCGAAGGCAAAGGGAGGAAAGGGAGGGAAGAAAAUGAGACCCCCGCGAGAUUGGCCGGCCACUACUCUAGCCGACUGCCUGACGGACCGCUUCUUCCAGCCCUACGACAAUACGUUGCUGAUCAACACGGCAGCGUCCAAAGUCGUCGUGCUUGAUUUCGACCUUGGUGACGGGGGCAUGGAGCAGCUAGCAAUCUGGGAGACCGAGCACGGCGCGUUUGAUGCUCCUCGAGUGCGCACGGGCAGCGGGGGGGUGCACAUCUACUUCUCUCACCGAAGAAGCCUUGAGUCAGGGCUGGGCGUGGAGACGCCGACCCACUUUGCAAAGCUGGAGCUGAGGGUUCGAGAUCCGAUAUCCGGAAAGGAGGUUCUGAAGAAGGUGGGAGUCGACAUGAGGGGCGUCAGCUCGAAUGUCAUGAUCGCUUGCCCGCCGUCUUCGUACGAGCGACUCGGUGAGACGGCACGGUAUACGGUUGACGGCGGAGGCGAGCUUCCCCCGGCAGGAGAUCUGCCUCCUCUUCCGGACUGGUUGAUCAAGAUUCUGAACGAGCGGGUGGCGAGGGGCUUUGGGGAGCGCGCGAGACUGCCAUCAGAGGUUCCCGGCAGGGCAGGGCCUAGCGCGAGGGCCAGCGCCGUAAUCGGGGCGCCGGACCUGACGGAUCUCGGAUUGCAGCAGGAAGUGGUCGAGGUGAUGCGGGGCAUGCUCAGCGGUUUCGGCGACAACUCCUCCGUCUUUGCAAAGGCAGAGCUGAGCACGGUUGCCGGUCUAGGGGCGGUGAUGUAUCACUGGCGGAACGGUGCGGAAGGGCGAGUGUGUCCGUACGCGGAGGACGGGGCGCAGCCGCACUGCAGCAACAACUUUGGGCUCCUCAGGAGAGGGACGGAGAUCACCUACGUGUGCCACAGCCAGCGGUGCAAGACCGGCGACGGCUGCCGCAACAAGAGACUCGGGCGUCUCAUACUCGGGCGUCUCAUGUUUCCGGUGGCCGCAUCUUUUGCGGAUGCUUCCCCGCUGAACAGCGACCGCGACCGACUGUACGAGAAUCGGGAACUGCUUCCCCUCUGGUUCUUACGGCGAAACCUCUCGGUUUCAGCGGGUGAUGAAGGAGGGGCGCUCAUCAUCGAUCGCUUGCAGACGUACGCGGGCCGCAAUCUCGUCUUUUGCAACGAGAAGUGGUUCUACUACAACGGUUCGAUUUGGGUGGUGGACGUGGCUGGGCGAAUUGCGAGCCAGAUCUGCCGCGGAGAGCUCAACAAGAUCAGCAAGGCAUACAAGAAGGAAACCGCGUCCGAAGCCGACGGCGGGGGUUCGCAAGCAGAGGAGGAGAAAAGGCCCAGGAAGGAGAAGCUCGUGAACUUCAACUUCAACGCCAAGAUGAGCCAGGUCAUGACGACUCUCAAAGGGUAUUGUCAGGAGCCGGCGUUUGAGGAGGCGUUGAAUACGAACAGGGACGCGCUCCCUCUCCUGAAUGGGGUCGUGCUGUUGGAGAGCGGCAUCCUUGUGGCACACCAUCCGAAGUAUCUCUGGUCUUUCAAGCUCCCCGUCCGGUGGCCGUCGACCGGGCUUGCCACGCCGCUAGGCAGGACGGGCGACUUCCUCCGUCAGAUCACGCACACUCCGGAGGCGCUUGCUUAUCUCCAGCGCAUCCUCGGAUACGGGAUCACGGGGCACAGAUCAAACCAGGUCAUGCUGACGAUGAUUGGGGAAGGCGGAGCGGGGAAAAGCCUUCUGUUGGCUCUGUUGAAGCGAGUGAUCGGUCCGUUCUACAAGGACGUCUCAAAGGACAUGCUCGUUACGUCCAAGGGGCAGCGACCGCUAGGCAAAGGUGCCGCAAAUCCAGCGGAAGCAGGUCUACGCGGUAUCCGGAUAGCGGUGUGCGCGGAGUCCGAGGAUACCGAUGAGUUUUCGGAGGCCAACGUGAAGCGGCUAACCGGAGAAGCGACUAUCACGAGCAGAGCGCUCUACUCAGAUUACGUCACGUUUGCCACAACCCAGCUGCACAUUCUCUGCUCGAACUACCCUCCGCGAGUGAAGACCUGGACGAUAGCGCUCAAGAGACGCCUCUUGACGCUGGUGUUCCCGAUGCGGUUCUUCUACCCAGACGAAGCGGGCUACAACCCCGACAACCCGUUUCAUGGGAUCCGUGAUCUCGAAUUGGAAGACGUCCUGAAGGCCGAGCCCGAGAAGCUGUUGGUGUUCUUGGUGCAAGGCGCCAAGGACUGGUACGCGAGUGGCAAGCGGCUCCUCGACAUGCCGGAGAGCAGCAAGACAUACAUGCAGUCGUGGGAGCAGGAGAACGAUCCGUUUGCAGCCUUCCUUCAGCAAGAGGGAAGAAUGAACAUCAAGGCUUUUGAGUCCACGCGCAGUCUCAUGGAGGCGUACAACAACCCGGACAGGUUGGUCGACGGCGUCAGAUUCGGCGAUACAGAUGUGCCACAGAUUCGGAACGAUCGGAAGUUCGCGGAGGCUUGCAAGAAGAAGGGGCUGGAGGGCCCGGAUAAGCCGUCAGCGCUGAGAUUCGCUAAUCCGGGGCACAUGGUCCGGGGUUAUCGGGGCUUCCAGCUCAACACGCCGACGAAGGAGAGCAUUCUAGAAAAAUAG